AGAAGGCGGUGUCGUGUUCACCGGUCUGUGUCACAAACAUGGCGGCCUUCAGCAAGUUUGUGACAGCCAGGAAUUCGUCCGCGGUUGGCGGCCUUCUGCUGCUCAUCUACCUGCUCCGUAAACGGCGCAGAACGCCGAAAGGUCACAGUUCUAAAGGAGAGCCGACCUUGCUUCUCAACACAGAGAAAGAUGGCAAAAGAGACAAGGCGGCCGUGGAUAAAACCUUCUUCCUCCGAGUCCUUAAGAUUUUGCGAAUCAUGGUGCCGGGAGUAUUCUGCAUGGAGACAACCUACCUGAUCCUCAUUGCCAGCAUGCUGGUGACCAGAACCUACUGUGACGUGUGGAUGAUCCAGAACGGAACCAUGAUUGAAAGUGCCAUCAUUGGUCGCUCAACCAAGGAUUUCAAGAACUGCCUGUUCAGCUUCAUCAAGUUCAUGCCAGCUAUCGCUCUGGUGAACAAUCUGCUGAAGUUGGGCCUGAACGAGCUGAAGCUGAAGUUCAGAGAGAGGCUCACCAAGAAGCUCUAUGACCAGUACCUGCAAGGUUUCACUUACUACAAAAUGGGAAACUUGGACAAUCGGAUUGCCAAUGCAGACCAGCUGCUGACCCAAGACGUGGAGAAGUUCUGCAACAGUGUGGUGGAUCUGUACUCCAACCUCAGCAAGCCUUUGCUGGACAUCGGUUUGUACAUCUUCAAGCUGACGAGCGCCAUCGGAGCUCAGGGCCCGACCAUCAUGAUGUCCUACCUGCUGAUCUCAGGCCUGUUCUUGACCAGACUGAGGAGACCCAUCGGCAAGAUGACGGUCACAGAGCAGCGCUAUGAAGGAGAGUACCGCUACGUGAACUCCCGCCUCAUAACCAACAGUGAGGAGAUCGCCUUCUACAACGGGAACACGCGCGAAAAACAGACCAUUUACUCCACCUUCAAGAAACUGGUGGACCACUUGCACAGUUUCAUCUUCUUCCGCUUCUCCAUGGGUUUCGUGGACAGCAUCAUUGCAAAAUACAUAGCCACCGUGGUGGGCUACCUGGUGGUCAGCCGGCCAUUUCUGAACCUGUCCCACCCCCGACACCUGCAGAGCUCACACUCUGAUCUUUUAGAGGACUAUUACCAGAGUGGCCGGAUGCUCCUCAGGAUGUCCCAGGCACUGGGCAGAAUUGUUUUGGCUGGCAGAGAGAUGACCCGCCUCUCUGGAUUCACUGCUCGGAUCACUGAACUGAUGAUGGUUCUGAAGGAGCUGAAUGCUGGCAAAUAUGAGCGCACCAUGGUUUCCCAGCAGGAGACGGACACUACAGAGAAUAGGCCUCUGGUUCCUGGACGAGGGCAAAUCAUCCACAGAGACCACAUCAUUCAAUUUGAGCACACGCCCCUCAUGACCCCCAACGGGGACAUGCUCAUCAAAGACCUAAACUUUAAGGUGACGUCGGGCAACAACGUUCUGGUGUGUGGACCUAACGGAUGUGGGAAAAGUUCUCUGUUUCGAGUCCUUGGAGAGUUGUGGCCUCUCUUUGGCGGAGAGCUCACCAAACCAGAGCGAGGGAAGCUCUUCUACGUUCCUCAGAGACCCUACAUGACUCUGGGCACUCUGAGGGAUCAGGUGAUUUACCCCGACACCUGUGAGGAACAGAGGAGGAAGGGCAUCUCUGAUCAGGUUUUGAAGCAGUAUCUGGACAACGUUCAGCUGGGUCACAUCCUGGACAGAGAGGGUAGCUGGGAUUCGGUCCAGGACUGGAUGGAUGUUCUCAGUGGAGGAGAGAAGCAGAGGAUGGCUAUGGCCAGAUUGUUCUACCACAAACCCCAGUUCGCCAUCUUGGACGAGUGCACAAGUGCAGUUAGCGUGGACGUGGAGGACUUCAUCUACAGUCACUGCAAAACGGUGGGCAUCACUUUAUUCACGGUGUCUCAUAGAAAGUCUCUGUGGAAGCAUCAUAAAUUUUACCUUCACAUGGACGGCAGAGGCAACUACGAGUUCAAGCCCAUCACAGAUGAAACCGUCGAGUUUGGCUCCUAACCGUCUGCUGACAUGAAUGAAGUUCUGCCGUUGAAAUCUGUACAUUAAUUCUUUGCACUUCAGGUACAACUUGAAAAUGAUGUUUUUAAUCAUGGAAGCUUUUUGUCUUCUACUAAAGUCACUACUGUCUCUUCUCUUGAUCAUUAAUUGUGUUUAACAUGGAUGUGUGAGGGGAGGUGUCACUGCCGUGUUUUAGUUUUUUUUGUUGUGACUUUUAUUGUCUCGAUGAGCUCACACGGUGCCGGUCUACAGAGAAGAACAGCCUUCUGGGAUCUUCCUGAUCAUCCACUUUAUGACAGGUGAUGCUGCUGCUUGGAAGACCUUUAGCUCUGUUCCGUCACCAGGGCUCAGCCCAACGUGUCUGUUUUUUUUCUGUGGAGACGAACGGCUGAAAUCAGAACCAUGGUGGGAGUUUUUCUCCAUCAGAAUGAACCCAGAGGGCAAACACUGGAUUUGUAGUCCAGGUUACAGCCACAUCAAGGCCAACCGUUCCUUCCUCUUUAAAAUCCUUUGGACUGAGUGAACCUGUUUGUGCCGCUUCACCAGCAGGUGGUGCUGUAGGCUUCUAGCAUGAAAUGAUGCGUUAUUGCAGAUACUGCUGCAACAGUCAACACUGUUCUGGAAGGUUCCUCUGCUUUGUUCUGCUGCAGAACCUUAGCUGUUCAGUGCUGCACUUGACCUCCUGCGCUGCCAUGCAUCACCAACAGAGCUCACGAUCCCGUUCUGGUCUCAACUGAAGUUUUUCCACAUUUUAGUGUUCCAUGUUCUGCCAAGUACUUGGUUUGAUUUUGUAAUUCCUCCUGUUAAUGGUUUUCGUCAUCUGUAGUCGUUUUGUAAACACAAAAAAUGAUUUUUUUUCUAACAAAAGAAGCAGCUGAGUGUUCAUAUGACCAUCCUCCAAAUAAAAGUCUUUUAUGAACAAACUGCUGCGUAACCAUAGCAAUGACUUCUUUUGCUUCCGUUACUGACACACUCAUGUGUGUCUAAAAUUUAAAAGGCAAAAAAAUGACAAAUCUGGAAUUUUAUUUUGGUGAGUCUGACUGCAUGUUGUAGAGAAUGUGGGUGCAGAUCAUGCUAACAGCAGCAGAGGCUUGAUUAUGAACACAAAGCAGCCUUAAAUGUGGGUAAUAUGACUAAUAGUGCUCUGAUGGUUUUAGUCUACUAUAGAACAGUAACUGUGUGAGAAAUAAAAUACUUUAACAAUCAAGUUUCCUUGGGAAGUCACCAAACACCUGAAAGUUGGUCCGGUCCAUCGCAUUCACUUCUUUGUCCCCUCUAAUACAGGAAUGAAUAAUAAUGAAUAAUGCACUUCAACAUUUGGGAGUAAUUUCAAUUAAAUCAGAUUGAGGGUAAAAAUCUUUCUGCCUUGUUUUCUUUACUGAAAAUCUCAUUUUUCACAGCUGUACUGUUUCAGAGCUUGUGGUACAAAUGACAAUUUGAACAUUUUAACUGAAAUGUGUUAAGGAUUUGUUUAGAAUAAAUGUCCACCAUUGUUUGCCAACA